GUGCCCACGGUGCUGAUGUAAACACAACAUACGCCUCAUCCUCUUCCUGGAUCCAUCUGGCGAGAUUAACCCCAAUCGCCCUUGUUUUGCCCGAGAAAACGCUCGUGGCCUUCAAACAUAUUAUGUAUUAAUGCAGAAAGAGUGACACAAUGGACUUCUGCAUUAACGUCAAAGUAAAUUUCAGGGGAAAUUCCAGGAAUUUCCUCCUGUCGGGAUCCGAGACCAAGAGCUGGGACUCGAUGGAGGCCAUGGUUAGGCGUUCCUUUAGCUUGUGCAGCCUUCAACUGACCUAUUUCGACGAGGAGAACGAAGAGGUUUCUAUUAACAGCCAAGUAGAGUACGAAGAGGCACUCAAGCUUUUUUUGAGACGGGUCAGGCCGCAGCCCCCAUUUUCAGCCCCUCGUCCCCACGUCCUUGCAGACCUCAAUUCUAAUUCUCCACCACUGUCAGCCCAGAAAUGUCAUCAUUUAUUGAGACGCCCAAUUGGACAUACACGGAAGAAAACUAGUGCAGCAAGGCAGGGAAAUCGACUGCACAUGAAUGUUUAUGAGACCCGUGGUCAACCAGCAAGGAUCUCCACUGGCAAGGCUGGCGCAGAGCCGAAGCGGGGCUUCAGACCCCCUCAACACUGUCCCACUCUUGCCCAGGUGGUCAGUCGCAAGGUUCAGGUGGCAGUGCCAGAACAGGGCAUGGUGAUCAUGAAAGAAGUGAAAGGGACAAAAGAAGAAGAUAAGACUCCCCCAGCUUGGUUCACCUCUUACAUGGAGAAAUUCAAGGAUCAGGUGGUCCGUGAGGCUGUGGAGAAAAUUUGCCGGGAGUUUUCUGGACAGUGCUGCAUCCACAAGCCCCUGAGUGGGGUAGGGGGAAGUAGAGGGGAUGCAAUUGCCGGAGCUUCCGUGGUGCCUGAGGUUUCUUCUUCUGCCCUGCCCGGAGCUCCGUCCUCUUCCACUCUUCCCUGCUCCUCCUGCCGGGGACAGACCACAGGGGGAGGCUACCAAUGCAGCGUGUGUACAUCCUGUACUCUGUGUGAGCCUUGCAGUUUCUCUCAUGAUCCUAGUCACAAUUUGGUGAGGGCCAGAACUCCACUCUCAAUACCAGAGCAUGGAUCGCCUGCCCCGGACCAUAGCAGGUUCUACAGGCGAGGUGACCGAAGCUUCCGGAAGGCUGAGAAACAGCGUCUAAAAGCAGAAAAGCGCCUUUUGAAGGCUGAAGUCAAAGAGAUUCGGAAACAGUUAAGGAUGGAGAGGCGCGGCAUCCAAUGGAGCUCCUCCCAGAGAGAUGGAAGUUCGUCUCCUGUACUUCUUCAGCCUCGAGCCACUCAGCACAACAGCCCUGAGCGACCAAAGCGCCCCUGCCCUCUUAUGGUUCCAACCAUGACAGCGACAUUUCUAGAUGAGAACCUUCCUGAUGGGACUCGUCUACGUCCUGGAACCAAGUUCAUCAAGUACUGGAAGAUGAGGAACACAGGAACAAUGAGUUGGAGCUCUGAUACUAAGCUGAAGUUCAUGUGGGGAAACCUGGCAGUGGGAUCCGGGGAUCGUUGGAGAGAAGUAUCUGUUCCUUUCGUCCAGCCUGGACAGGUUGGUAUUGUGAGUGUAGCGUUAUGUGCGCCGUCUGUGGAGGGUUCCUACACCUCCCACUGGCGUCUUGCCCAUGCUGGAGAGCAAUUUGGACCCAGGGUUUGGUGCAGCAUUGUGGUUGACAAUCUGGCCCCAGCCCCUAUGAUGGCCGACGGGAUACUUGUUUCUCCGUGUGUCACACCACAGGGUAAAAACCCAGUGCAAAAGGAUGGAAAAGCAUGUGCAGCCUCUCGAAAGCAGCCUCCUCUUUUAGUAGACAGUGGGGAAGAAUACUACAUCCCCUCCGUGGACCUACUCACUGCGCAGGAUCUUCUGUCUUUUGAGUUGCUGGACAUCAACAUUGUUCAAGAGUUGGAGAGUGUCCCAAAUAACACCCCAGCUGACAUGACUCCCUGCAUCUCCCCUCUUCCUCAAGAUAGCCACCUACAGGACAAAAGUAGCCCUUCUUUGGGGCUGAUUCAAGAAGAGAAUGAAAUCAUCAAUAGUAUCAUGGAUGUAUCUCAUGGUGUGAGUUCUGGUGCUGAGGAUAGUGGCGUACCAGCACAAGAGGAGGGCGAGGAGGAUAUCAGUGGUACUCAGUUUGUCUGUGAAACUGUGAUUCGCUCAUUGACCUUGGAGGAGGCCCCUGACCACAUGCCGAUGAGAGCAUCCUGCUCCGGAGCAGUGGUGCGUCCGGCAGCUCAGAUUGGCUCCUGUAUGAAAAGUAAAGCUGUGAAACCUGAGGAAAUCUUGGAUGGUUGCCACAAUCCCUUGAAACCACCAGCUAUUCUGAAGUCUUCCUUACCAGCACCUGCGAAAGGCUCCAUAUCAGCUUCUCUUUCAAUGGUCCCAGCUCAGGUGGCUGGCCCCAGCUCAGUACCAAUAACGGUACCCUUGAUGCCCUCCACACGACAGGAGUCCACCACCAUUGGUGAAGGCGAGGGUCCGCACAAUGACUGCGUGGAUGGGCAGUCUCAACAAAGGGAAAGUGAGAAAGAACCCGAGGUACAAGUGGGAUUGAAGAAGAAAGGGGGGACAAGGAGUCGCUCUUCUUCAACCUCCUCAGAAGAAUACAUCAUCAUCCUUCCUGAUUGUUUUGACACCAGUCGGCCACUGGGGGAGUCCAUGUACAGCUCUGCACUGUCUCAACCUGGUGACAUCUCAGCUAGUACCUCCGCAGAUCCUGAAAUCCUUACCUGUGAGCACCCACGUGCUAACUCCGAGCAAGAUGGCAAGGCACAUGACAUCACAGCCACUCUGGGGACAGGAUCAUUGGGCAACAGCAGUGCUAAUGACAUGCUUUGCACAUCUCAGACACUAGAUGAUGAGCCAUUGACACCUGAGGUGGUGGCACCACCUACAGCCAUACUUGCAUCAAGCCCGGAAUGUAAUGAAGAAUCAGCAGAAGAAAACGUUCGAGCUGGGGAGGACACAGAGCGCUCGGACCUGUACAAAACAGAAGAUGGUGCUGAAAAGAUUCAGACAGAAGGAUCAGAAGCCACUGCAAACACAGAGGUAGACUGCUCUGAGAAUCCCAGGCAUCCAGGUGUGACCACUGACCUGGUUAAAGGUGCACUGUCAGUUGCUGCUUCUGCCUACAAAGCUUUGUUUACAGGACAAGGCCCGACACAGCCUCCAGUAGACGAGUCCACACAAGAGACCAUGAUGGCCGUGCUUGUUGAGAUGGGAUUUGGGGACAGACCACUCAACCAGCAUCUGCUGAAGAAACAUAACUACAACCUGCUCGACGUUGUCAAUGAGCUCGUUCAGUUGACCGAGAAUGACUGGUACUCUACACGUUACUGACCAGCGAGAGCAUUUUGGAACGAUGACAAACACGAGGCUAAUCGCACAGGAAGCAGAGAUCAAGAAAGUGGAGCUGUGGGUAGAAGAUAAAAUGGCAUAUCUUUGGAUCAUUUAAAGACUUUACAGUCACAAAAUAGCGGACUCGAACCUUGUUACGCCACAGAAUGGUUUCUCCCAAGACUCAUGCACAAUGAAGCAUAAAACCUAAAAGUAACCUAAACUUGAAACCACCAUAUUAAAUGCAAAUCACCUGAGCAUAAAAUAAGUGGUAGCUCUCAGUUUAGUGUCCAGCGUUUGAAACUAUUUGAAGACCUUAUGGCAGGGUUGACAAAUUCCUUUUUGUCACGGACCACUUUGGAGUUCCGGCUUGCCUGAGAGGGCCAUUACGACAGCAAAACCGUAUAAAUGUUUAAUCAUCAUAUCGUAUUCUUACUUGUACACAAUAAAUUGAUGGAUAACUAGUUUUGAAAUCAGUCAACUAUUUGUUUGUUGUUUGUCCACUUGUUGUUUAAGUGAGUAUAAACAAAGAAACAAAAAUUAUUGCAAGUUAUUUAUAAUCACGACAAUUUGAUAGUCUGGUACAAAUUUUAGCAAGGAUCAUGGAUGUUGACGCACAUGAUUUGCCUUUGCGGGCCACAUAAUAUGAUGUGGCGGGCCAAAUCUGGCCCACGGGUCUUGAGUUUGACACCUGUGCCUUAUGGCAUCAUUGACAGCUAGCAUCCAGACCUGUAAUUUAUGUAUGUGGCUGUCUUUUUGGGGCAGUCGUCUACUCUCUCACUCCCACUUCUUCUGUGUCAUCUUUAGUCUUUCAAUUCUUUUUUUUCCUCUUAAUACUCAUAUUUGUUUUUGGACAUUAUCAGAUAUCAAAACUUUAUGUGAAAAAUUGGAGAAGACAUAUGAAAAAGGUGCAUUUAUUUUCAUUCUAAAAGAUCCCGGAAUGGGAUGAGAAUUAAUAAGAACUUUUCAUAAUUGGUACUGCUUAUCAAACCUGUUCCAUUUGGGUUUUCUUAUCGAUUCUCAUUCGGUGAGGGAAUGAAAUACCACAGAUGGUAAAUGGAUGUCAUCAUCAUUAUUUAUAAAUGUCAUUAUAUGAUAAUGCGGUUUAGGCAUAGUGCUGUGCAAAAUGGACAAAAUGGUCUAUCCUGAUAUACUGUAGCUAAGUUAAUAUCCUGAUAAAGAUGUAUAUCCCCAUGUAGUAUUUUUUGCUUAAAAUGACAUGAAAUAUGUCUUAAAAUACAAAUAUUCUCUGAUCAUUCUCUAUUUAUAAACAUAUUUAUCAACACAUUUUUUUAUUGGG